UGCCUUCCGAACACAACCUAUUAUCGAUCAGUAAAUUAUAGUAAACUCGAACAAACUUUUAAGAAAAAGCAUGUUCUUCCGAAUUGUUAAAAUAACAAGUACAAAUUAAUAAUGGCGAAUUUUACUGAGGAUUUAUUUGAUGUUUUUGAUGAAGAUGGCGAUGAUAUACAAAUACCGGAUAUUUCGAAGAAAAUCGAAGGAGAAACGAGAGUGAAACGACAACAUGAUAUUGAUGAUGAUAAGUCAGCUGUUAAAAAAUUACGACACGAAUCUCUCUUAGAUGAUAUCAAUCUAGAAGAGGUGGCAUGUCGUAUCAAAGUGCAUACUAUAGAAACUGCAGAAUCUUGUAUGCAUGAGAUUGCUGUGCCACCUGAUCAAGAAUAUAUACCUUUGGAAUGUAAACAGAGCAAGCCAGCCAAAGAAUAUAAAUUUAUUCUUGAUCCUUUCCAAAAGGAAGCAAUUUUAUGUAUUGAAAAUAAUCAAUCGGUUCUAGUAUCUGCGCAUACAUCAGCUGGUAAAACCGUUGUGGCUGAGUAUGCAAUAGCAUGUUCCCUUAGGGAUAAGCAAAGAGUAAUAUAUACUACUCCGAUUAAAGCAUUGAGUAAUCAAAAAUAUAGAGAAUUUCAUGAGGAAUUUAAGGACGUUGGUUUAGUAACGGGUGAUGUUACUAUAAAUCCAACAGCGAGUGUAUUAAUUAUGACUACUGAAAUUUUACGAAAUANUAUUUAUUUCAUAUUUCAGGUAAUGCGCGAGGUCGGCUGGGUAAUUUUUGAUGAAAUUCAUUACAUGCGCGAUAAAGAGAGAGGAGUAGUAUGGGAAGAGACACUUAUAUUACUACCAGACAAUGUACAUUAUGUAUUUCUUUCCGCUACUAUACCAAACGCACGACAAUUCGCGGAGUGGGUGGCACACUUGCAUAAUCAGCCUUGCCAUGUAAUAUCUACAGAUUAUAGGCCUACUCCAUUGCAACAUUACAUAUUCCCAGUUGGAGGUGAUGGUAUCCAUCUGGUAGUAGAUGAAAAUGGUCAAUUCAAAGAGGAAAAUUUUAAUAGAGCUAUGGCAUGUCUGCAAAAUAUGGGCGACGCGACUAAAGGCGACACGAAAGGACGCAAAGGUGGUCUACGUGCCACAAAUAGUGGACAAACGAAUAUCUUCAAGAUGGUAAAGAUGAUCAUGGAGAGGAAUUUUGCACCUGUGAUAAUUUUCAGUUUUUCGAAAAAAGAUUGCGAAGUUUACGCGAUGCAAAUGGCUAAAUUGGAUUUGAAUACAUUAGAGGAGAAGAAAUUAGUAGAUGAGGUUUUCAAUAAUGCGGUAGACGUUCUCAACGACGAAGACAAAAAGUUACCUCAAGUCACGAAUUUGUUGCCGCUUUUGCGACGUGGAAUAGGAAUUCAUCACGGUGGACUUUUACCGAUUUUGAAAGAAACAGUCGAGAUAUUAUUCGGCGAAGGUCUAAUUAAAGCGCUUUUUGCCACUGAAACGUUCGCGAUGGGCUUGAAUAUGCCGGCACGAACGGUUUUGUUUACGGCACCCCGUAAAUUUGAUGGCAAGGACUUCCGUUGGAUCACGUCGGGUGAAUAUAUUCAGAUGUCCGGUCGCGCUGGCAGGAGAGGUCUCGAUGACAAAGGAAUCGUCAUAUUGAUGAUUGACGAGCAAGUUAGUCCCGUCAUUGGUAAAGCUAUCGUUCAAGGAAAGCCCGAUCCAAUCAAUUCCGCAUUUCACUUGACCUACAACAUGGUUCUUAAUCUUCUCCGUGUAGAAGAAAUUAAUCCAGAAUAUAUGUUGGAAAGAAGCUUCUUUCAAUUCCAAAAUCAAGCUGGUAUUCCAAUUUUGUACAAUAAGGUAAAAGAAUUAUGUACUGCCUACAAUACUGUGAAUGUAGAUAGAUACGACGAGAUAUCUUCUUAUCAUGAUAUACGCGAACAACUUAAUCGUCUGAGCGCAGAGUUUCAAUCAUUUUUAACGCGACCAGAAUAUCUGGUCCCGUUUUUACAACCUGGAAGAUUAGUAAAAGUGAAAAAUGAAAACGAGACUUUCGAUUGGGGUAUUGUAGUGAAUUUUAAAAAAAAUCCAAAAAAUCCAGUAAAAGAUAAGACUGUCAUCGUCAUUGAUAUUUUACUUCAUUUAUCGAAAGAUUCUAAAGAAGGCAAUCCAAUUCCGUGUCACGAGGAUGAAGAGGGUGAAAUUGAAGUUGUCCCCAUUUUGCAUAAUUUAAUUUCACAAAUCAGUUCACUCAGAUUAUAUUAUCCAAAAGAUUUGAGACCGCCUGAUAAUAGAAAGAGUGUACUAAAAACAAUACGAGAAGUGAAAAGGAGGUUUCCAGAUGGCCCACCCUUACUCAAUCCUAUUACAGAUAUGCAUAUAGAAGAUCAAGCUUUUAAAGAUAUUGUGAAAAAAAUUGAAGCAAUUAGAAAAAAAUUAUAUGCACAUUCUUUGCACAAGGUAAAAAUAGUCCUAGAGUGCAUCACAAUACGACUUCUUCUCGUACAAGAAAAAUUCAGCGUAAAAAUGUAUACUCGCAAGAUAAACAGGACUCAAUAA